UAAAAAUGACUCUGCAUUCCUUUCCUUAAUCCACUUCAUUCCCAACUCCGCCCUCGCCAUGGCCAACCAGCCGCCGCCGCCGCCGCCGCCGGAGGGCAUCAGCGAUGACUUCUUCGAGCAGAUAUUCUCUAUUCCUCCCUCCUACGACCCCUCCGGGGACGCCGCCGCCGCCGGUGCCGGUGGAGGCUCGUUGCCCCUUGGGCUCAGCUUGGAGCAAGGCUCCUCCGGAGGGAAACGGAUCCGCGAUAACCCAUACGGGAAGGCGGAGAGGGAUACGUUUCCAUCGGCGGCGUUGUUUCCUCCUGGAUUCGGGCACAUCCAAUCGCAUCAUAUUCGACCUAACCCCCCUCCUCAGGUUUUCCAUGGUCAAGCAAAGCAAGGUGGAUUUUCUGCAAUGCCACAACAUGCAGCUCCACGAACAAAGGUGCGGGCAAGGCGUGGCCAGGCUACUGACCCUCACAGCAUUGCUGAACGGUUACGCAGAGAAAGGAUAGCAGAAAGAAUAAGGGCACUACAGGAAUUGGUACCCAACACUAAUAAGACAGAUAGAGCAGUCAUGCUUGAUGAAAUCUUGGAUUAUGUGAAGUUUUUGAGGUUGCAAGUGAAGGUUCUAAGUAUGAGUAGGCUGGGUGGUACUGGUGCUGUGGCACAGCUGAUAGCUGAUAUUCCUGUGUCAGUUGAGGGAGAGCCCAGCAAGUCUGGCAGCCAUCAACAUGUAUGGGAGAAGUGGUCCACCGAUGGCACGGAACGGCAAGUAGCAAAGCUGAUGGAGGAGGACAUAGGAGCCGCAAUGCAGUUCCUUCAGUCCAAAGCUCUGUGCAUGAUGCCAGUAUCACUUGCCAUGGCGAUCUACGACACACACCAGCCUGAGGCCCAAUCAGUCAAACAUGAACCCAGCACUCCCUCCUAACAAAAGCAAUCAACCUACAACAAUCGACCUCAUUAUUGCAUCACCCUAACAAUCAUGACACUGAAGAUUCCUCGGUAGAUGUCAAAUAAUGUAAUUCUCUUCCUUUCCUUCACUCAAGGUCUACAUGAUUGUAAGCCUAUGGUAAUGAAACAGUCAACCCAAUACUUCUUUAGGUCACCUCAGCAAAGGUCUUACCACUGACCAUGCACUUCAGUGGUGGUGGGGAGCUGCUUUUGUGUAGUGGGCAAUAGGACAAGUUGUAAAGAGGUGUGGAUUUGUUUGGUUGAACAUGAUGUUUCAUCGAAAAGUAUGAGGUAAAAUGCUUACUAAUGAUGGAGGUGAUGGCCAUGCUUUUGCCGAGUCAAAGUGUGGCUGAUCGAUCACCCACUUUGCUAUCUA